AUGUGCUAUUUGGCAAUAAUUCGUUGUUACGUGUGCGCUGGCUUCCAUCACACGCGACUUCAUCAGGAUGGAUCUUUCGGAUCUACAACGCAACAGCUCUCACAAUCUUCAGGAGAAGUCAACACUCAUCUAGUUAUCUCCAGCUCUCAUCAGAUCUUCAGUGAGUUCUGCGGUACUGACCAGCUUCUGGCAACGGCCGUGAUCACUUUGCAAUCUGCGGCUGGGGUUUCUAUGACUGCACGUGUGCUGUUGGAUUCUUGUGCAGAGCAAUGCAUCGUCUCGGAACAUGUUGUCCAAGCGUUUAAUCUGAAGCGCAAACCCGUCUACGUCGUUGUUAAUGGCACGGGUGGCACUACCAAUGCCGUAGCUCAGAGUCGAGUCAAACUCACUCUGAAAUCUCAACGAGAUACUAAUUUUUCUCUUGAGUUUACAGCGCUGGUGUUGAGGAGGGUUUCCAAUCUCUUGCCUAGGAGGCGGGUCAAGCCUCGGAAAGGUUGGAGUCAUCUUGACGGCCUGCAGCUAGCCGACCCUCACUUUGGAGUGCCCAGCAGAGUAGACUGCAUCCUCAGUUCAGCGGUUUUUGGCGCCACAUUGUUACCAGGGAUUCGGAAGGCUGUCAACCCUCUUGAAGCUCCAGUUGCACAGGAGACCGUCUUUGGCUGGGUCCUCUUAGGCAGCUCUGGUCCGAAUGACGACCCUGAGGAUGCCGCAUCAGUGCAUCACAUCUCAAUUAACCACGAGCUCACGAAAGCCGUGACAAGAUUCUGGGAGACGGAGGAGAUCCCGCGGGUGCCUCGGCUGUCACCGAGCGACCAGCAAUGUCUUGAACAUUUCAGGAAAACGUCCUCUCGCAAUCGAGAAGGUCGCUACGUCGUGCGGCUUCCCUUCUCCGGAACACCUCAAUUCUCCGGCAUUGAUUCGACUGCUCGAGCAUGCAUGGGUCGUCUCGAACGUCGGUUCGUCAAGCAACCCGACGUCGCAGCUGCGUACUCCGCAUUCAUGCGCGAGUACAUCGACCUCGGCCACAUGGAAGUGGUCCCGGAGGACGAGACAAACACAAGACAAUUCUAUUAUUUGCCCCACCACCCUGUCUUCAAGAAGGACAGCGGCAAGAUUCGUGUCGUUUUCAACGGCUCGCAGAAGGACGCCAGGGGAGCUUCACUCAAUUCCUUUCUUCAUGCUGGUCCAAAGCUGCAAGAGGACCUAUUGGUCGUGCUCCUGAGAUGGUGUUUCUUCCGAUACGUGUUCACCUGUGACGUGGUGAAGAUGUUUCGACAAAUGCUGGUUCACCCGGAGGACUUAAACUGGCAGCGCAUCUGCUGGAGGUUUUCGCCCGGAUCGCCGUUGCUUUCAUACAGUUUACUCACGGUGAUUUACGGUACGGCCUCUGCUCCCUUCCACGCUAACGCAUGUCUUCUAGAUCUUGCAGAAAAGGAAGCGGAUCGCUUUCCACUUGGGUCUAAGUUGCUAAAAAAAAAUCGCUAUGUGGAUGAUUUUUUGGCGGGAGGAGACACGCUCGAAGAGACCGCAGCGGCUAAAACUGAACUUAUUAGCAUCCUAUCUUCGGCAGGUAUGACUGUGGAUAAGUGGGCUGCCAGUCAUGUCGAUCUUCUGGGAGCAGCUGAGCCGCUUCAGCACAGGAAGUUGAGUGAGAUCGGCACGGUUUCGACACUUGGCUUAAAAUGGCUACCCCACUCGGAUGUGUUCAAUUUUGAUGUGCGGCUUUCAUCGUCACCCUCGGCAGUGACGAAACGCACGAUUCUCUCUCAGGUUGCUACACUUUUCGACCCGGUGGGCUGGGUUUCUCCAGUGGUCAUACGGGCCAAACUGCUGUUACAAUGUCUGUGGCUUCAAGGAGCGGACUGGGACGCUCAAGUUACAGGCGAACUUAAACAAUCCUGGAUCACGUACCUGACAGAACUCAUGGAUCUCGAAGCCAUAAGGAUUCCACGUUGGCUGGGAACUGGCAGAACGAUGGAGUGGCAUCUUCACGGCUUUUGCGAUGCGUCCGAACGCGCCUUUGCAGCCACCAUCUACGUCGUAGUACCAUCAACAUCGUCAUCUCGAUUUCUUGUGGCCAAAUCCAAGGUCGCACCCUUGAAGGUCAUUAGCCUUCCCAAGCUCGAACUUUGUGGAGCGUCUCUUCUGACACGGCUGAUCACCGCCAUCCUGCCACAACUGGAGGUUCCACCGGCGCAAAUUCAUUGUUGGUGCGACUCUCAGGUAGUUUUGUCAUGGCUACAAUCGCAUCCUUCUAAGUGGAAGACCUACGUGGCAACCAGAGUCAGUGAGAUUACCACAUCUCUACCAACCGCUACUUGGCGCCACGUCAAAUCUGGUCACAAUCCUGCGGACCUGGCUACGAGAGGGUGCUUGCCACGGCAGCUGCAGGGAUCGGAAAUCUGGUGGAAGGGUCCUCACUGGCUGACUCUUUCACAAGCCGAAUGGCCUUCCAACUCUAAACCCGAAGCCACUGAGUUGGAAUCACGCAAUCGAGUCAAUAUUUGA